AUGAAGUAUUAUUUGUCAAAAGGUCUUAUUCUAACAAAAGUGCAUAGGGUUAUUGGUUUUUCCCCAUCCAAGUGGCUUAAACCAUACAUAGAUUUUAACACGGAAAAAAGGAGGUUAGCCAAAAACAAUUUUGAAAAGGACUUGUUCAAGCUUCUUAACAAUAGCAUCUUCGGUAAAACUAUCGAAAACUUGAGAAAAAGCGUCCAUGUGGAACUAGUGCACACCUCAAAACGUCUGAGAAAAGUGUGUGCGAAACCCAACUUUCAAACAUUUAAAAUUUUCAAUGAUGACUUGGUUGCUGUGAAUAUGAAGAACGUUAACAUUGUGUUAAAUCGACUUAUUUAUGCGGGAUUUUGCAUUCUUGACAUCUCAAAAGUCUUCAUGUAUCAGUUCCACUAUGAUUUUGUUAAGCCGAAAUACGAUCAAAGAGCCCGACUCCACUUAACCGAUACUGAUUCUCUCAGUUAUGAAAUAGAGACAAACGACUGGUACAAAGACAUGCUUGAAAACCAGGUUCUGUUUGACACAACUAAUUUUGCAAAGGACCAUACGCUAUACAACAACAAACAUUGCAAGGCUCUUGGAAAAUUCAGAUACGAAUGUGGUGGCAAAAUAAUUGAACAAUUUGUUGUCCUAAGACCUAAAAUGUACAGUCUCAAAUAUGGAGACAAACAAGAAUCUUGGAAAGCAAAGGGCAUUAAGAAAUGUGUCGUAGAAAAACAAAUGAAGCAUUCCAUGUAUGUAGAAUGUUUAGAAAAACAGUAUGCAUUAAGAAGUAAGAAGUUAUGA